AUGGUCGCCGUGGCUGCGCCGCCCCUUCCUGGCAUCCUAGUUCGUAACAGUAGGCUUUCUUCCGAGUACAUUCGGGAGAAUUUGGAUGCCAUCAACACUCCGGUGCGCGUGGAGUUGGAUCCCAGCUUCAACGAUAUGCCGGCCGCGUGGUCGGAGAAGGAGUUGCUCCAUGAGCGCCGGUUGGUGCGCAUGGUUGUCGACAGAGAGGGCUGUAAUGUUUUUCGCAUCAAGUGUGAGGCGGUUGCGCCGGACUACGGAGUGCUCGAUCUGGAGGCGUUGGUGAUCUCGUGCAUUCGCUGGGCUGAGAAGGAUACCUACGUGCUCACGUCGGUCGAUCUUUUGCACGUCUUGGAGCAUUUGGUGGGCGAGACCUUUUCCACCCAGGAGAAGAGUAGAAUCCGCCGUAACUUGCAAUUUCUCAGGCCCAUCACCGUCAACAGAACCUCCUCUGCCCGUCUUUUUAAUGCCGUUAUGGCCAUGGACAACCCUAGACCGCGCAACAUCGAGAAGGACUUGAAGGUGUUUAGAUGGCUGUCCAUGUACGUGGCGCUCACCAAGGUGUUGUCAAAAUACUCGGUCAACCCUGCUGGAACCGCCGAAAGCUUGCUGCUUGCACCUUCUUCUUCCGAAUCAAAUGCAAAUGGUGGCGCAAACAACGCCUCGAGUGGCGAAGUACUUUCGGUACCGGGGCGCAAGAACUCGGCCAAUCUGCGUGCUGAUGUUCCCGCCGUCACCACGGCUCCGCAACCAGUCAACUCGUUGACUGCGUUGCCUCGUAGUAUCGCUACCAAGGCUUUGGCGAAAGAGUCUCGACCGAGGCCUCGACCGGGCGCAGAAUCAAAGCCCUCCUCCAACCAAAUUAGGGCGAGUUCUAGCUGGGCUAGAAUCUUCCUGGAGCAGAGCGUCGUUGGAGGCGCCUGCCCAGUCGCGGUUUUUUAA